AGCUCGUUUUCUUGUUCAAGGUCCGAGUAAGAUGCAGAGACUAUCCAAUCUGUUCAGAAGGCCCACUCUUGCUGACCACAUCCGGCAAGCACCGCUGCCAGCACAAGUGGUUGAGCUCGACUGCGAUCUCAUCAGAGACACCGAGGACUUCGACAACGCUACCUGCGCCUACGGUCCGGACGGUGCUGGGGUGGUGCACGUGGCCAAGCACUCGCGCAAGUGGUCGCUCAGCGGGCAUGUGUGCGAGUGCAGUGUUGACCGGUUUACCGUGGGAAUCUGCAGAAUCCCAAGGAAUCUGCAAGACUUACAGGAUGUGAGUGGGACUGACUUUGGCCAAGCAGACUUUCUGUCGCGGUGGAUGAGCUCCAUGCCGGCGAUUGGCAACUUGGUCUUGAUGGAUCUUUGCCUGCCUGGCACGCACGACUCGUUGAGCUACGACCUCUCUGACCACGUGGCUGAGGGUGACUCCAUCCCUAGUUUGCCGACAAUUCAUGGGUUUCUUGAGAUGAACCCUACUGCAAAGCACUUGGUCAUGAACGAAGUCAUGAAGUUGUGCAAGUGCCAGACCAUUAGCAUCCAAGAGCAGCUUGAUGCUGGCAUACGCUUCCUUGACUUCCGAGUCAUUUGGUCUCCCCGUCGCGAUUGUUGGGUGGGAGUGCAUGGUCUGGAAACCAAGCAGCCAGCCUUGCACUACCUGAAGGAGAUUCGCGCGUGGCUCAUGGCCCAUCCUGGCGAGAUACUGAUCAUAUGGCUGUCCCGGCACGGGGCUGAAGAGCACACAGGAACGCAGCAAUACCCUCACGUUGAUGCUGAGAACAAGCAGAACUUCUACCAAUCGAUCUUGGACAUCUUCGGUGAGCUUGUGGUGAACCAUGAAGAGACACCCCUCAAGGAAACACAGAUUCAGAAGCUUGUGGCCCUCAAGCGGCAGCUGGUCUUGGUUUGCUCCGACUGGUCGGAGUUCACGGGAAGGAGCAGCCUAGCGCUGGAUGCAGCGGAAUGGCUUCAGAAUGACCUGCCCGGCUCCCACGAUGACCCUGUGCUUGACGCCCUGAAGUUCUUCUCUCAGAGCCACGAGACAUUUGAUAAGUACCACAUUGUCUCGCUCGCUUGCAGUGUCAAUGCUGGGGCGGUGGUCGAGCAUCUCAUCUCUGAACACGGUCAGCGCAUCAUCAACUGCUUUGGCGCCGAUCUUCCCCAAAGCAUUUUCCACCAAGUGCCAGGAAUGAAGAGUCACCCAUGGAGGUUGGAUGACAGCGCAAGAUUCACCAACUACUACGUGCAGUUGGUGCUGGAAACUGUAUGGUCCAGGUGCUCCCUUCCUCAGUCCAUCUACGUUGACAUGGUGACCCAGGACGGUGGCAUCGAGAUCGGCGCCAGCCCACACGACCAGUUUGGUUUCGUGGACACGAUUCUGGCCUACAAUGCCCUGAAGUGCAGGGACCUGUGCGAGGACCAGCGCUUGCUGGCGCCCAUGAUGUGGCGAAAAAGUCGGCUGCCACUGCGGAGGUGGGAAGAUCGAAGGAAUGGCCGUUCCGCCGUGUGGCCUUUGAGGCCCACUGGAUGAAGUAAUUCAUGGACAUGUUUGUUGAGAGAUGUGAAUUCAGAAGGGUGUUGACCAAAAUGACCCGUGAAGCCAAUAACACUGGCUUUUUAAAUCUUCAAGGGGUAUCACUGCUGAAUGGAGCAAGAUCCAGAUUCCUUUGACGUUCGAUAUUUUCUUUGUUGCUUGCUACGGCCGGCCUGUUACCUGUUACCCGAGCUUCGAGGGUGAGCUUCUGAUUUUGAAAGCGCUCGAGCGCCUUUGGUCCCAUGCUUGAUUUGGAGGCGCUUUUGUACAGGGUUGCCGAAACAGCGUGCCGGGCGCUUUUACACCGACAAUAGCUUGCGCACAGCUUGAGGAGGUGUGACAAACCUGCUCGCUGUGCAUUGUUGAAGGAAGCUGUGCAGCUGGAUUUCUUCGGCCGCAUCCCCGCAACACUGAGCUGGCUUUCGCAAGAAUCGGAUACAGGAAGAAUUUAGGGAAUGCCAGGCAGCGCUCGCCCUCUUUGA